CUAAAGAUCACUUUGACGUUCCACUACUAAACAGAACAGCUCCCCCGCCUGUGUUUGUAGGACCACCUUCUCGGUUUCGUCACAUCAUGCCUUCAUAUAUGAAGGGUUCGAACAAGGUUGAACUAAAUUAGAGUAACAGGAGGCAGCGGAGAGAGACCCGACAGCAGAGCAGUAGAAUCAUGAAGGCACUGAGUGUCCUACACCGGGCUGCAAACACCCUGCUCAGCCAUCCCGGGGACCGGGGAACUCUACUGACAAGGUGUGGGAUAAGCGGCGCCUCGACGUUAAAUAACAAGAUCCAGCCAGGGUUCGGUCUGCUGUUUGACAUCGAUGGGGUGCUGGUCCGGGGGAAGACUCCUAUUCCAGCUGCUAAAAAGGCCUUCCAGAAGUUGGUGGACUCCAGAGGACAGUUCUUGGUUCCUGUGGUGUUCGUCACCAACGCUGGAAACUGUCUCCGUCAGAAGAAGGCUGAUCAACUGUCUCAAAUACUGGGAGUGCCUAUCUCCCAGGACCAGGUGAUGCUGUCUCACAGUCCUCUCAGGAUGUUCACGAAGUACCAUGAGAAAUGUGUUCUGGUGUCAGGACAAGGACCUGUACUGGAUAUCGCUAACAAUCUGGGCUUCCAGAAUGUGGUGAGCAUCGACAUGUUGAGAGAAUACUUCCCCCUGCUGGAUAUGGUGGACCACAACAGACGACCCAAACUACCAUCUUCACCUAUUGUGAAUCUCCCUAUAGUUCAAGCGGUCAUCCUGUUCGGCGAGCCAAUACGAUGGGAGAGCAACCUGCAGCUAAUCAUUGAUGUGUUGCUGACCAAUGGGAGCCUGGGUAACGCCCAUGAGAUGCGUCACUCCUCCCACCUGCCGCUGCUGGCCUGUAACAUGGACCUGAUGUGGAUGGCCGAGGCCCAGUCUCCACGGUUUGGCCACGGGAUGUUCCUUGUGUGUCUGGAGAACAUCUACAGGAAGAUAACGGGUCAGGAGCUGAAGUACGAAGCUCUGAUGGGGAAACCUUCUGAACUAACAUAUCACUUCGCUGAGUACCUCAUCAGGGAGCAGGCUGCAGAGAGAGGCUGGAGGACACCUAUAAGAACACUCUACGCUAUCGGAGACAACCUGAUGACAGAUAUCUAUGGAGCCAACCUGUAUAACCGCUAUCUGGAGGAAAGGGUCCGGACCAGGCAGACUGCUGCCCAAGUAGUGCAGGCCACGGUGGAGGGUACAGGGGGCAGAGGGUCCCCUAAAGCCCUUAUCCAGGACCAGGACAUGGAGAGUGCCUUGGAGAGCGAGCUGGCCUCCCCCUCCGCCACCUCCUGUAAAUCUCUGCUGGUAUGUACCGGUGUCUAUAACCCCCACAGCGAGGUGCCGGCUGAUGCCAGCCACAGCAUCACCGAGACUGUGUUCCAUGGUCACCGGGACUUCCGCUUCGACCCGGCCCUGAUGGAACCAGGACACAUCGUAGAGGACGUACACAACGCUGUGGAACUCAUCUGUCAACAGGAGAACUUUGUUUCUACGAGGCAUUGACCUGUAGAAUAGCAUUAGAGUUGUAUAACUUGUACGUCCAAAAUGACCCUAUUCCAUGUGUAGUUCAAAAGAUAGGGAAUAUGGUGCCAUUUCAUAUUUGUAUAUCACAUCCCAGUGAGGAUGGUUUCAGGGUUA